GAGCGCUCAUUUUUUUUCAGCCUGCUCCGCCGCAGCUGCUCGGCGAAUGAAUGGCAUCUUUCUCGACAUCACGCAAACGCCAGCGGGGGGAGAGAAAGCAUCUUCCUCUUGUGUUCGCCUCGGACGGAGCAGGCUGAAAACCCCACUCCGUUGAUGAUUAAUUUAUAGCUUUACCACACAGCAGGUUGCAGUAGCCUACAUUUGAUCGUUUGACGAAACGGCUCGGUGUCCGGCCGUAUGAAUAAAAAAACAGUAUACCCCUUUUUGUCGGUGACAGAGACUCACUGUUCAAACAGCAUGAAAUAAUUCCAUUUCAUGAAGCAACUGGAGCCGGGAAAGACAGCAUGAAGUUACAAAUCUCCGGUCUUUUGCUCGUAAUGGCAGUAGCCUAUGCAACGAUAGAGGCUCCUGAGGAGUUUGUCUCACUAGCUGAGAUGGAGGACACGCUGUUGAGGAAUCUUUUUCGGGGCUAUCAGAAGUGGGUGAGACCUGUCCUUCACGCCAACGACACGAUUACCGUUCGCUUCGGUCUGAAGAUCUCCCAGCUGGUGGAUGUGGAUGAAAAAAAUCAACUGAUGACUACAAAUGUCUGGUUGUGGCAGGAGUGGACAGACUAUAAACUGCGGUGGAAUCCAGAAGAUUAUGGUGGAAUCACAUCCAUCAGAGUGCCCUCUGAAACAAUCUGGCUACCAGACAUUGUCCUUUAUGAGAAUGCUGAUGGCCGAUUUGAGGGUUCUCUAAUGACCAAAGCCAUUGUAAGGUUUAAUGGUACCAUCAUGUGGACUCCUCCUGCCAGCUAUAAAUCCUCCUGUACUAUGGAUGUCACCUUUUUCCCCUUUGACAGACAGAACUGCUCAAUGAAGUUUGGGUCAUGGACAUACGAUGGCACUAUGGUGGACUUGACCCUAGUGGAUGCAUAUGUAGACCGUAAGGACUUCUUUGACAAUGGUGAAUGGGAAAUACUCAACGCAACUGGUCAGCGGGGCAGUCGGCGUGACGGCAUUUAUUCCUAUCCUUACGUCACAUAUUCAUUCAUACUUAAACGUCUUCCUCUCUUUUACACACUUUUUCUCAUCAUCCCAUGUCUCGGUCUGUCAUUUCUCACCGUGCUGGUCUUCUACCUCCCCUCAGAUGAAGGAGAAAAGCUUUCUCUCUCCACCUCCGUCCUUGUGUCUCUCACUGUGUUUCUUCUUGUCAUAGAAGAGAUCAUUCCAUCUUCCUCUAAAGUCAUUCCUCUGAUUGGAGAGUAUCUGCUUUUUAUCAUGAUCUUCGUCACGUUCUCGAUCAUUGUAACUGUUUUUGUCAUUAACGUCCAUCAUCGUUCCUCUGCCACGUACCAUCCCAUGGCACCGUGGGUUAAAAGUCUUUUCCUCCAGAGAUUACCCAGACUGCUCUGCAUGAGAGGGCACACUGAUCGUUAUCAGUACCCAGACAUCGAGCUGCGGAGCCCAGAGCUAAAACGAGGGAUGAAAAGAGGACAACAGAAGAGUGCUGGAGGAGGACGUGGGGGGUUAAAGGAAGAUGAGAACCAGGCCUGGAUUGCCCUGUUGGAGAGAGCCACUCACUCAGUGCACUACAUUUCCAGACACAUCAAGAAAGAACACUUCAUCAGAGAGGUCGUUCAGGACUGGAAGUUUGUGGCUCAGGUGUUGGACCGGAUCUUCCUCUGGGUCUUUCUUACAGUUUCUGUACUUGGGACCAUCCUCAUCUUCACCCCAGCUCUGCAGAUGUAUCUCAGCACAUCUUAAAAGUCCAGAAGAUUUCAGCCUACCAAGUCUCUUAUGACAUUCUUAUGACCUCUUUGAAAUAUAUGUACUUUCCACAACAUUACAGUAAUCCUCCAAAAGUCCUUUUUUGUGCCUAGCCACAUCUGUAAUCCUCUCCAAAUUCAGCUUCUAUCUCUCCUUCCUAGAUGCUGUGUUCAGUAUUUAGACUACAAAAAAAGCAAAACUCAGCUGAAAUGAAGUUCAGGAAUUUUCUGGCCUUUUAACACAUAACUAAAAGGCAGCUUAUACAGUUAAGGGAGUUCAGAUCUGUGUAAUCUCUAUAAGGGGAUCAUGGUUUUAAAGAUCUUCAAUAAUUUGACUUUACUGUGAUGUACAAGGUGUAACCACCUCUUUUAUGCCUCUCAUUUUGCAUUCAGUCUUAUUUAUUUAUUACUGGUUUAAAAAAUGUGUCAUUGUCCAUGUAAGUAAUAUUUUAUGUUGUGAUUUUGUUAAAUCACUAUCCAGAUUAACAUUUGUAUAAUUAUUUACUAAUAAUAUACUGUAACGCUAUUUAUGUAAAUCUGGAUGAUGAUCAGUUAAAAUAGUACCUCUCUUAUUGGCAUAGGUAACGUUUACUGUACAGUUUAUCAUCUGUUUUCCUGGAUUUAGCACUGUUAAAUGCAUUACUAUCAUUCCUUUGAAUGACAGUAUGCAUAUGUAAAGUUUAUGCAGAUGAGUCCAUGCAUAAUACAAAGCGCAUGUGUAUGUAUCUACAAUUUUCCACAAUCUGGAAUUUAUAAAAAGAAAUUUGCACAGAUUUUGGCACAUAUAUGGUUUUAUAAAUCUCAAUAUCUGCCAUUUGUGCUAUAAUUUUAGGAUGAAAAUUACACCAAGUGUUAAACAUCCUUAUCGCUAAAUAAUGAUUUUGAGAGAACCCUAAACCUGGACCUUUUUAUUUAUUUAUUUAUUUAUUUAUUGUGGCUAAUUUAAAAAUGCAAAAGAGGUAGAGGGACCUAGGGUAAAAUAAGGUUAAAUAUAUUCUAUAUACUCUAUAUAUUGACAAUAUAUUUUUGGUUACACUUUAGUUUACAAUGUCCUUAUUACAUUGUAAUUAUACACUUAAGUGCUUAGCAAUAUUAAUCAACAACUUGUACGUACUAUAGUUAUGGUUAGGAUUAGGGUUUGGUUUAAGAUUAGUUGCUUUUAAUUAUGCACAAUUUACUGUUAUUACUAUAGUAAGCACUGUAACAUGUAACAAGGACACUGUAAGAUAAAGUGCUACUGUAUUUAUUUCGUUUCAUUUUCAUAAACAAAAGAGACCAGUUCAGUUUACAUUUACAAGAAAAGUGUGUUGGCAACAUGUUACUGUAGUUUCUCUUUAAAGCAUCUCACUUUUACCAUUGAUUAUAUUGAUGUCAUAUUAAAGUCAACCCGAAAUCUUAUUGUACAUGAUUUGUCAGUGCACGCUCUUCCUCUCCAAUGACUUUUGUUAUUGAUUUUCAAAAUAUGAUUACAGAAGUAAAAUGAGUACAUAACGUUUUAUGUUGGCUUCUGUAUUCAUGAAUGAAUGUGUAUUUAAUGUCUACAUUUUUGAAUGCUGCUUUUGUACUGCAUCAAAGAGAAAUUAUUCAAAUGUGCAGCGCCGCAGGGUGUCGUUGGCAGUGUAGUUUGCCUUCUUGAUAGACAGGCUUUAAUCUCAAAGCACCUCAUCUGGGAGUGAUAUUGUCUGGCCUCUCAGAGAAGCACGAAGCGUGAAAUAUUUCCAUUUCCAAAGCGUGUGAAUGCCUCAGAUAUGUUUUCAAGCCACAUCUGGGUUCUGUAAUCACUGACUUAGCAACCGAUAGUGUGUAAACGGUAGAUUGAAUUUCAUGCUGUUGUGCCAUCUCUUUCUUUUCAAACCAUGAGCACUAGGUGUAUUCUCUUGAGGUCCCCCAUGCUUUUGGAAAUCGCAGAGCUGUAUGUGUUAAAAUUUAUUGAUCAAAAUUCAUUGACGACUAUUUAUCAGUAACAUGCAUGUCAAGAAGUACUUUCUUUUAUGUUCCAGUCAACAUGCAGCCAACGCAACAUAUAGUACUAUACUGUACUAAAACAAGGGGUAACACUUUACAAUAAGGUCCAUUAGUUAACAUUAGUUAACUACUUUAGUUAAUGUGAACUAAGAAUGAACAAUACUACAGCAUUAAUUACAUCUUUUUACAUUUAUCUUAAAGGAGAAGUCCAC